UCCCUUUGAAGUUCAAAGGGAACACGCCGCCGAGGGUGUCGCGAAAAACGCGCGGGGAGAGACGGACGAGCGAGGAAUCGCGUCGGAACGCGCAGCCGACGGAGCGUCAUCUUGUUCGCCCAGUGUUCGGCGCAAACCGACGAAAUCAGGGCUGCACUGCGUGUCCUUAGGGAUAGAUUUCUCGUCCUCGCACGGCGACGGAAUGGAAACGCGCCGCAGACGAGCCAGGCCGCAGGCUGACGGCAAGCUUAAUGCAGAAUGCGACGCCGACGCGGAUCGGUCAAGGAUCAUUCCACGGGACGAGGGGGACGGAGAAGCUGCUUCGGACACCUCGAUAGAAAGUAACAAAGCAAAUCAGCCGAAUUCCAUCGAGCCGAAGAAGCUUUUAACGAAAGAUGCAAUUCGUGCUCGGAUCAGGAUCAGUCUGGAGAUCGAUUUGAUAGCGGCGGUUUUAUUAAUCACAGGCAUUUUCACUCGCCUUUAUCGUCUGGAGGAGCCACGCAGUAUAGUCUUCGACGAGCUACAUUACGGCAGGUACGUCGGAUUGUACAUGAAAAGGACCUUCUUCUUCGACUCCCACCCGCCGCUAGGGAAACAACUGGUUUCCGCGGCGGCGUACCUCGCGGGCUUCGACGGGCAAUUCAAGUUCGACAGGAUCGGCAGUCCUUACGACGAGGCGGUCCCUUUGUACGCGUUGCGCCUGAUACCGGCGAUAUGCGGCAGUCUGUUGAUCCCCACGGGAUAUCACCUCGUUCUGGAACUGGGCCUGAGACAAUGGGCGGCGGCGAUCGGCGGGAUCUUACUGUUACUUGACAACGCAUUGUUGACACAGUCGAGGUUCGUCCUGAUGGAAAGUAUCUUAAUGGAAUUCUCGCUGCUUGGUUUGCUGUGUAUCUUGAAGUUUCGCAAAGUCAUGGACCGGCCGACGUCCGCGUCCUGGUGGAUAUGGUUGACGUUGGGCGUUAUGAAUUUAACGUGCGCGCUGUGCGUCAAGUACGUCGGAUUUUACUCCAUGGUCCUCGCGAUCUUCCUGAUCGUCCGCGACUACUGGUCCCUGCUGCCGAGGAAGUCGCUGUCGGACACGAUCCUGUGGGGUCACCUGCUGCUAAGGCUCGCCGUGCUGAUCAUCGUUACGUUCACCGUGUACCUGAGCAUAUUCUACGUGCACCUGGCGAUACUCUCCAAGGCGGGGCCGCACGACUCGGUGAUGACCAGCGCGUUUCAAGCGAGUCUGGAGGGAGGACUCGCCAGUAUCACGAAGGGCCAGCCUCUGGAGGUGACGCACGGCUCGCAGAUCACCCUCAGACACACGUACGGCAGGGCGUGCUGGCUGCACAGCCACGGCCACAUGUACCCGCUGCGCUAUCCCGACGGCCGUGGCAGUUCCCAUCAGCAGCAGGUCACGUGUUACUCAUUCAAGGACGUCAACAACUGGUGGAUCGUCAAGAAGCCGGACCGGGACGAUCUUGUGGUGACGAAACCGAGCGAGCCGAUCCGCCACGGUGACGUGAUACAGCUGGUGCACGGGAUCACGAGUAGGGCGCUCAACUCCCACGACGUGGCGGCGCCGAUGACGCCGCAGAGUCAGGAGGUGUCCUGCUACAUCGACUACAACGUGUCGAUGCCGGCGCAGAACCUCUGGCGCGUGGAGGUCGUGAACCGGGAGCAGUCCGGCGACGCGUGGCACGCCAUUCAGAGCCAGGUCAGGCUGAUACAUAUGCACACGAACGCGGAGUUCGCGCUCAAGUUCAGCGGCAGGCAACUGCCCGACUGGGGCUUCAACCAGCACGAGGUGGUCGCGGACCGCCUGGCGGAUCAGACCAACUCCAUCUGGAAUGUCGAGGAGCACCGAUACACCAAGAGCGAGGAUCAAAAGCAGCGCGAGCGCGAGCUGAUCAGCGCGGAGAUGAUACCGUUGCAGGUAACCGCGCUGAGCUUCUGGGAAAAGUUCGCGGAGCUGCAGGUCAAGAUGCUGUUCAGCGGCCAGGAAGGCCAGAACAGCCACAUGUACUCGAGCGGGCCCCUCGAGUGGCCGCUCAUGUCCAGAGGAAUCGCAUAUUGGGUGUCCAACGACAGCAAUGCACAAGUGCAUCUUUUAGGAAACAUCGUGAUUUGGUACUCAGGCACAACCUCGGUGAUUGCAUAUUCCGCGCUACUGCUGUUUUAUCUGAUGAGGAGAAGACGAAAGUGCUACGACAUCGCCGAGGAGGAGUGGGAAAAGUUCGUUAACAACGCUUAUGUACUCUUAGCCGGAUACUUUCUUCACUUCUUGCCAUUUCUGUUCGUCGAGCGAACUUUGUUUCUGCAUCAUUAUCUGCCGGCUUUCGUUUUCAAAGUUUUACUAACGGCCGCCAUGAUCGACCACCUGUAUUACUUGACUGGCGCUCAUCGUCCGUGGAGUGGCAUCUCGUACACCCUGAGAUGCGGCACCUUCGCCUGGGUGCUGUUUGUCAUCUACGUGUUCAAGAAAUACGCGGUGCUCAGCUAUGGGACGUCGGCUCUCAGCGCCAAAGAUGUGAUAAAACUGAGAUGGAAAGAUACCUGGGAUUUUAUUGUACAUAAAGCAUGAAAGUUCGCCUUACUCCGAGGUGAAACUCGAAAACUCGUUUUUCAUAAAGAACAGAAGGAAAAUAUUUUUAAUAUAAAUAUCGUGUAUCGCAAACGCGAAUGGGAUUUACGAAUCAACGUGAUUUUAUAAAGAAAUCUAACGAAUGUUAUUGCGUCUAAUGUAGAGAGAUAUGUUUUUUUAUACGAAGCAUAUUAAGUGCCACAAAUAGAGAGUAAAUAACAUAGCGAUAAUCACUUGAUAUCGUGAAAAGUUAAACGUUAAUAUUUGUAUAGACUGACUCUAUUUUAUAAAAUCGUGCAUUUAUUUAAACUUUGAGCUGUGGAAGUGGCAAAUAUACUUAGGAAAGAGUACGUUAUACAUGGCAACUAAUGAUUUAAUGUAUAUUUUUUGAGAUCUUUGUUUAAUAUCUCUGGCUGGUUAAGAUGUAUAUAUUGUAGAGUUUAUGCCUAUAUAUAUAUAUAUAUAUAUAAUUAUUUUACACGAAUAUCAUAUUUUUCUCGGGCAAAAAGUGAUAUUAUAGGGAAAAAAAAUCAAAAUAUGACAGAACACAUGUGCAAUAUGAGAUUUAAUAAAGGCAUUUAAAACCGUAAAAUUCAGGUUCUCUUUUUUUUUUGUACAAUAGAAGUCGGUAAUCCAGCUAACAAAAAGUAAUUUGUACAGAAUAAACUCUCUCUCAUAUAAUGAGCAGAACCAAUAAGUAUAUUUGUACAGUCUUUUGGAUCUUUCGUUAAACUUCUUAUAUAGCGAAAGAACAAACGCGAUUUGGAGGGUGAA